CGUCGUUAAUCUGCAGGAAGACUUUUUCUUCGAAAGAUCUCGGUUUUUGGUUGAUUACGAGGGCGAAUUAAUUCAAUUAUUUGAUUAAUUGAUGCUUAAAAAGAAGUGUUUUUUUAUUUGAAGUUCAAUUGAAUAGUAAUUACUAUUUCGUGGACUGAACAGAGCAGCUCGAAAUCUCUACACUCGUGGAUUGGUAGGGCAGGGUGUGAAAUAUUGUGGGUUGAUUAUUGGAUAAGAUAAAAGUUAGGAUUUCUAGAGAUAAAGUUGGCAUCUCUUAUGUCACAGAUUUCGAUUCUAUUUUGGAAAAACACCAGCGCAACCCUCAUGCAUGUCCACUGUUAGUGAUUUUGUAGCGUUUUUGUAGUUUUGUGAAAGUUUGAGAUUAAUGUUUUAUUUAGGGAGUUCAAUCCUUGGUGUAAUAAGAGUCUUGUAAUUUACAGUGUGUCGAUUCUUGAAUAAAAAUGGUACCACAAGGGCCCCACACACCGCUUAGUGGAGGCCAGCCGAGAUCAAAUUCUGGGAUGUUGGGUGGUCAAGGGGGUGGAAAUGGAAUGCCUUCGCAGAAUGCAUUUUCAUCGUUGGCGUCGCCUCGCAAUCAGUAUAGUAACAUGAAUAUGCUCGGUAAUGUUCCAAAUGUUUCAUCUUUGCUCCAUCAGUCGUUUGGUAAUGGAGGCCAAAAUCCUGGGAGCUCACAGAGAGCGUUUAUUAAUGGUGGGGCAGAGUCCGAUCCACUUUCUAGCGUCGGGGGAGGGAUGGGGUUUAAUCACCCGUCAUCAUCUUAUAUGUCUCCGUCAAUCUCAGCCAACCAAAAUUUGUCUGGUCAAAAUCAAGGUCAACAACAGUUCUCUAACGGUGACCAGCAACAAUCUCAACAAAUCGAUCCUCAGAAUUUUCAACAUAAUCAGCAGUUUUCUUUUCCGAACAAUUCCCAACAACAGCAGCAGCAAUUUCAAGCAAUGCGAGCUGGAUUAGGAGGUGUCGGCCCUGUUAAGAUGGAGCCACAGGGGACCAGUGAGCAAUCACCACAUCAGCUACAAGCUUUGCGGACUCUUGGUUCGGUGAAAUUGGAAUCCCAGCAGUUACAGAGUAUGAGAGGCUUAGGUCCUGUCAAAAUGGAACCCCAGCAUUCGGACCCUUCUUUGUUCUUACAUCAGCAACAACAGCAACAGCACCUCCUGUCAAGGCAGUCCCCUCAGGGUGCUACAGCGGCACAUAUUUUGAGUCAACAACGGCUUAUGCAACAACUUCAACAACAGCAACUAUUGAAAGCCAUGCCUCAACAAAGAUCCCCACUUCAACCACAGUUUCAACAGCAGAAUUUACCUAUUAGGUCUCCUGUAAAACCCGUUUAUGAACCUGGAAUGUGCGCGCGGAGGCUAACGCAUUACAUGUACCAGCAACAGCAUAGACCUGAAGACAAUAAUAUUGAGUACUGGAGGAAGUUUGUAGCUGAAUAUUUUGCACCUAAUGCCAAGAAAAAGUGGUGUGUCUCGAUGUACGGAAGUGGUCGCCAAACGAACGGAGUUUUCCCACAGGAUGUUUGGCACUGUGAAAUAUGCAAUCGCAAACCUGGUCGUGGAUUUGAGGCAACUGCUGAGGUACUGCCCAGACUCUUCAAAAUAAAAUAUGAAAGUGGUACUUUGGAAGAACUACUUUACGUUGACAUGCCGCGAGAGUAUCAAAAUACAUCGGGGCAAAUUGUUUUGGACUAUGCAAAAGCCAUACAGGAAAGCGUCUUUGAGCAACUUCGUGUUGUUCGAGAUGGUCAGCUUCGGAUUGUGUUCUCACCUGAUCUUAAGAUAUGCUCAUGGGAGUUUUGUGCUCGUCGUCAUGAAGAACUUAUUCCUAGGAGAUUGCUGAUACCCCAGGUUGGCCAACUUGGUGCUGCUGCCCAAAAAUGCCAGGCUGCUGCUACUCAAAAUGCCUCACCUGCUACAUCUGUUUCUGAACUGCAAACUAACUGCAAUAUGUUUGUUGCCUCAGCUCGUCAAUUGGCCAAAGCGUUGGAAGUUCCAUUAGUAAAUGAUUUGGGAUAUACAAAGAGAUAUGUGCGGUGCUUGCAGAUAUCAGAGGUGGUGAAUAGCAUGAAAGAUCUUAUUGAUUAUAGCCGUGAAACUGGAACAGGCCCAAUGGAGAGCUUGACCAAAUUUACUCAAAAAACAAAUCCUUCGCCCGGAUUUCAAAGUCAACCCCAACAAGCCGAGGGUCAGCUACAGCAGCAGCAGCAGCAGCAACAAAGAGUGGCUCAAACUUCAAACAACGAUAAUCCUGUCCAGGCUGCAGCCACACAACUUGCCUCCAAUAAUGGCAUGCCAAGUGUUAAUAACAACACUAUGAACUCUAUACCCACAACUUCAUCUAACAACCCCAUUGUUGGUCUGCUUCAUCAAAACUCAAUCAACUCCCGACAGCAAAACCCUAUGUCUAAUUCAAACAGCCCUUAUGGAGGUAAUAAUAACGUUCCGAUGCCAUCUCCAGCUUCUUCUAGAAGUCCAGUGCCGCAAACUCAACCCGCUUCUUCCCCUUUCCAAUCCCCAACACCAUCCUCGUCAAACAAUCCACAACAAACUUCGCACGGUAGUUUAUCAGGUGGAGCUCAAAUGAACUCAGCUAAUUCACCAAAUAUCUCAAUGCAUCAACCUUCUACCUCAGGCGAUGCAGAUGCAAAUGAUUCGCAAAGCUCUGUCCAGAAAAUUAUACACGAGAUGAUGAUGUCAUCGCAGCUUGGUGGGAGUGGUAUGAUGACUAUGGGUGGUGACGUAAAACCUGUUGGUAAUGGCGGUAUGAACGGGAGCAAUGUUCUUGUAGGGAAUGGAGUGGCGAACGGCAACCCUGGUUUUGGUGGUUCAGGCUUCAGGACAAUGAACAACAAUGGGAUUGGACAAUCAGCUAUGGCAAAUGGGAUUCGAGCGGCCCUUAGUAAUAACUCUAUGCCUAUGAGUGGGGCCCGAGGAGUAGGUAUGGCAAUGCCACGAGAGCAGCAGCAAGAUUUGGGCAACCCACUUCUUAGCGGUCUUGGAGCGGUCAAUGGUUUCAGCGACCUUCAUUUCGAUUGGAAGACAUCUCCCUGAUCGGUUUUUAUCUAAUGGGGUUUUGGCCUGUUUAAGUUGUAGCUGUUUGUGCAGCGUAGAAAAUCAAGAGAGAGUAAUUCCCAUUGGAAAACGAGAAAAGGGUAAAUGGCACGAGGCAUAGUGUUUCUUCAUAGGAAUCUUAGAUUAUCAUAAAUUUUUCGUUACUAAAAUUUCAGCUGGUUUGUUACAGAUGGCUUUACUGUUUUGAGGGAAACUUGCAGGAUCGACAUAGCUGACCGUAAAUUUUCUCUUUUCUGCCAAGACCCUCUCGUGGACACAAACCUGCUUCUAGAUUUUCCGAGUACUUGAGUGUAUAUAGUCUGGAUUGCCUUUUAAGCCAAAUUUGUUGUAGAAUUAUCAGGGGUUGCUAGAGUUUAAUUUUUACUUGUCUGAUUCCUAUAAUCCUCAUCUCUUACAAGUUGCAGAAACUGCUUCCUGUAGGUUGUAAUGUACAUUAUUCUAAUGGUGUGGACAUCAACUUCAAUCACAUUAAUCACAUUCGUUUUUUUUUCUUCCCAA